CCCGUAUAAUGGCCAGUCUCUUCGUAGACCGGUCGCUAGCGCACGCCUGCUACGCGCCCCGCUACGACGCUACGCGCUACGACGAUACGCAAUGAAUAAAUACGCUACGAACAGUGCAGUGCUUAAUAAAAAAUAAUUGUAAUAUAAUUAUAGUAAAGUGUAACAUUUCAAUGUAUAUAAAGUGAUAGUUGUUUAUUGUUGUAGAAAUUAAAUCGAGAAUAGUUUGUAAAAAUGUUCAACUUAAGGAUUGCAAUUAGAAUAUUUAUAUUUCUAUUGAUAACUCAAGGUUCACUAUGCCUCCGCAAUGUUCACGUGGUGGUACCAGAAGCGGUAGAACGCGGCUCCAAAGUCGAGAUGAAGUGCCUCUACGACCUCGAGAAGGAGGUCUUAUACUCCGUCAAAUGGUACCGGGGGGACCGCGAGUUCUGUCGGUACUCCCCCAGAGAUGUUCCCCCGCUCAAGAUAUUCCGGAUACCUGGCAUAGAAGUUGACAGGGAAGGCAGCGAUGCUGAGAAGCUAACAAUCCAGGCAGCCACUCAGACCGCCAGCGGUCGCUACACGUGCGAGGUAUCGGCCGACGCGCCCUCCUUCCAGACCGCGCAAGUACACACACAUAUGUAUGUUGUGGUGCUGCCUAAAUCGGGGCCGUCGAUGCACGGCUUGAAGCGCCGGUACCGACCCGGCAUGAAGCUAAAAGUGGAAUGCAUCAGCCGCCACUCGCUACCAGCUGCCAACCUGUCUUUCUUCAUCAACAACGAUGCGGCGUUGAGUCAGCAUGUCCUACAUCGCGUGGAUGGCGAAACAGUCGGCGGCCCCAUGACAGCCUACAGCACCAUACAGUUCGUCGUACAAAAACACCAUUUCGUCAGAGGAAAAAUUAAGAUUCGGUGUACAGCAAGCGUCUACUCCAUAUACCUGCAAAGUUUAGAAAAGAGUGCUGAAGAGGAGAGGAUACGAACCACUCCGGUCAGUCUCCCAGAGGUGCACGAAGCAGUCGUGUACUCUAUACAUCGCCUGCCAGAAACCAAUGGCAGCACCGUGUCGGGGAGCGCAUCAACUACAAUGAAAAUAAUUCUUCUGUUAACAUACCUUCUUCCAAACGUCCUAAGAUAAUUUGUUGUGUUCUUAUUAGUUAGUAACAAUUUAUAAUCGCCUAUGUUCUAACGAACGUAUAGAACCAAAGAUCCUGAUGUUUCUAUGACUGAUAAAAUUCUUCUCUAUAUUUUCACUGUUAAUACUUUGUAGUUGUGCCAACCCGAAUUUAUGUAUUUCAUUAAAUGGAAUACACGAAAAUGAUUCUAAUUUACUUAAUUCCCCUAAGCAAUUAGUUGAAAUCUUAAAUCUGUCUGACAAACGGGUCGUAAAGAAUAUAAUUAAAAGUUGUACGAAUACAAACAUUAGUAAUUUAUGGUUAUCUUUUAAAAUGAUUAGUUUUUAUUUGCGUUAUAUUAAAUAGUAAUUAUAAGUCGUUGUUUGACCUGGCACUAAGGUUAUGUGUAUGCCUAGGUAUGUAUAUAUGUACAUAUGUAUGUGCUCAAAUACUAUAAAUAAAUAAUGGCUACUGUGCGUUUUAAAUAUUUUAAUAA